AUGCAUGUUACGCCCACCGCCAUUGAUCCCAUGAUCGUAAUUAGUCCUCAGGAAAAGUGGUUUUUGAGCCGCGUGAUCCCGGGCACCAACCCGCUGGAGUGGACGGGCAACGUGACCGUGCGGAAGAAACGAAAGCCGUACUCCAAAUACCAGACACUCGAGCUGGAAAAGGAGUUCCUCUUCAACGCCUACGUGUCAAAGCAGAAGCGCUGGGAGCUGGCCCGAAACCUCAACCUCACAGAGCGUCAGGUCAAGAUCUGGUUCCAGAACCGACGCAUGAAGAACAAAAAGAACAGCCAGCGUCAGGCUCAGCAGCAGCAGGGCGAGCAUUCCCAGCAAUCGGGCAGUCAUGCUAGCUUGAAACAGUGA